AUGGAUGUGGUGGCUGUAAGUGAAGAGGGCAAUGCGAAGUUCCAAUUGCACGAACCUCGACUUUUCGCUAGACCGGAGUAUCUAAUAAUCCGAGCAUCACCUAACCUUGGAAUACAAAUGUCGCCACAAGAGCGGCCAGCCACCACCCGGCUUGAUUCUGCAACUGUUUGCACUCCUCUGUUUUUCUAUGUCCAAGGUGUACGGAAUGGACGUUUCGAUAGUUAUACAUAUGAAUUGCUCAGAUGCCACCGUAGGAUGCUCGAGGGUAGGCCAAUGCAAGUGAUGAAAUAUGUACUACCCACUUCCCGCAUUAUCUCCUCCCCGAACGUUUAUUGGUUGCUUUUCAGGCAGUUUAUCUCUCAGUCACUAACUUUGCAAACUCCCAUAUAUAUUCAAUCAAUCACUUCCGAUAAAGACUGCAGCCUAGAAACCAUGGCCACAAAGUCUUCUGUUCAAACUACAGAGGCCUCCUCAUCCGACAAGAGGAACCUCCCAAACAUCAAUUCUAUGCUCUGUAUAGCCAAAGAAUUCUCAAAUCCGUCGCAGGGGGUUAUUACCGAGACCGCAAAAGAUGACAUCAUCUGCCCUGGAGAUAUCACGCUUGCCACGCUUAAGUUGAGAGCAAAGCUCUUACCCGAAAGCACCUGCCUUGAUUGUCAUCCCCUCUGUCGGGCUUAUAAAAAGGUGGGCCACCAGGAUUUUCUUCCUGCGAGACUGACCGACAUUGGGACUCCCAGAAGACCCGACUGUCGGCUUGUAUAUUCAUAUCAUGAUAUCUUGAGUUUGAAUCCCAUUCGGUAUCUGACCUGUAACCAUAGGUGGCAAUCGAGGACAUGCCAUACCCAAACUAAGCUUCCAGGACGCCUAAAUCUUACUCGGGGGCAUGGUGCCCGAUCGCAUUGCAUUGAUGCACUCUCAACAGUCUUGCUAAUAAGCAAGUUUGGCGUUUUCAAGGUCCUGGCUUGA